GAGGGCCUUGACCUCCCCAUCUGGGAUAAGGUUCCAGGGAGGAUAUUUCACCAUAGCUUUACAUUUUAUUGUAAUGGAAAGUAGAUGGACAUCAAGUGCAAAGCCUCCUCGGGCCUGUGAUGAUUAUCGGAGUGAGUGGAAACACUGCCGGAGUCUGAGAAAUCUCUUCCAUCACUAUUACACGUACGGAAAGUUCCCCUUGUGUAAACAGUGGAAGAAAGAUUACAACAGUUGCAUGGAAUGGGAACACUUUAAAUCUACUGAGGCUAAGACAGCUUUAUGUGAGAGUGAGAAGAAGAGGUUAGAAGAACAAAAGAUACACUUUCCAAUCUGGGCAAUGAGGAAAGAUCCACCAGCUGAAUGGCAGCUGCCCCUAAGUGACAAAGAAGAGGAAUAGUUGAAGUUGAUCAUAUCUCGGAUCACAAAUGGCCAGAUAGUCAGCAGGUGGUGCAAUAAAGCCUUUGUGAGCAUGUCCGCUUCACUCUACGGUGUCCUAUAUAACACUGGUUUUAAGGGAAUCCAGUUGGAAGCAGUUUUGAGUCUUGAGACUACUAUUUAACCUGGAUUCACUUUAUAGGAACUAUCUGGGGAUGGUAAUCAGAAUGUUAUAUAACCAUCUGACUGUCACAUCCUGUUAUGCUGCAGUAAAGGUGUUUUCAAUAAAUAAACUGCCAGCAUAUUAAUUUCAUUUUAACUUCAGGUUCUUGUGAAUGUUUGUUAGGUCUGUGAGAUGCUCAGAGAUUUACUUGAAAGGGAGAUUGGGUCUUAAUUUCUUACACAAUUUGGGUUGGGAGCUAGGAAGGGAACCAAUGCCAAAAAGGACACCAGUGCUGAUUUCACUUGGAAAAACUGUUUUGGAUGUGGGCUGAACCAAGACCAGGCACCGUUAUUGAUUCAACAGGGAGUACAAAACCAGAGGAAGCUUUUAAGCUCAUGCACAAAUUGCAAACUGUCAUAGUUGUGAGGCAACAAUUUAUCAUAAAAAUACAUUCCUUAUUGUAAUCAUUCUGAUAAGAACAAUAUUUCUCUUUGUUUAUUCCCAGAACGAAGAAGUCAAUGGUUAGGCCAUCAGUUAUUGUCCAAAGAAUAGUUCAAUCAAUCCCUUUUGUUGUGGAUCUGGAAUCACAAGUAGGCCCUGACUAGGGGUAUGGGUUGCAGAUUUACUUCCCUAAA